AUGGAUGGAUUUUUUGAAGUCGAAUUAAAUACAUGCGAACACGUUUUGGUAAAAAUAUUGAAGUUGACCCACAAAUGCUGUAAAUGCAAACAGUUGAAGUGGCCAUGGUCAAAGGCUGUGGGCUGCAUCAAAUGCAUGAAAGUUUGGCACCGUCGGUGUCAGCCAAUUAAAAGCGAAGUGAACGAGCGUGUGGUAGAACCGUGCACGGUUGAAACCACAGCUAUCGUGAACGCAGAGGAAAAUAACUCAAUCGUCGGGAUUGCCCGGGCCGUUGGGAAAUUUUUGAAGCACCCCUUCCGACGGAUCCACCACAAAAUGGGCCGGGGCCGGACAGCCGGUGUUGCCCUGGAACUGAGCGGCCAACCACUGAUGAAGGCCUCGUUGGAUUGUGCGCCGACGAUCACUCAACCUGUCAAAUUGCCCGAAACGAAAAACGCCGGUGAUACGUGGGCCAUUAUAACGGACGUGCAGUCGUUGACCGUUUACCCGACCGUAGCUCCCGAAGCGGAAAACAUUGGCGCUGCGCGGGCCAUCACACUGGACGCGCCGUCGAUGUUAAGCCACACGAACAAGUGGUUGAUCACCGCUGGCAAAGGUCUAAAGCGAUUAAUUGCGCGGACAACGGGGCCGGUAGCGGUCGUACCAGUGGAAAGGCCAAAGUUGAAAAACACUGUGUUUUUCGCAAAAGCCAUUCCGGACAAAAACGCGGUCCAAGUAGACGUUAAGACGGAAAAGGUCGAAAAGACCGUCGUCGUCACAGAACCGGUCAUCGGACGGUUUUCGAACCAGUACUACUGCCAACCGUCCUAUCGCAAGAUUACCACUACUUGGACCAUCGCUGGUGCUUUAGAGUUGUACAGACGACUGUUGCCGGAGGUUAC